AAAUUUAUCCACAAUUCUCUUGCCCCAUCUUCAAUUUGAGACAGCAGCUAUUAAUCCCAGUUUGGUGGGCUUGAACUAAACAUCGAGCCAGACUCCAUUAGGAGUGAUCAUCCCACUUGCUCAAUCUCUUGCCCCAUCUUCUAAAAAGUUUAAUAUUUAGUAUAAAUUAUCAUUAAAACCUUCAUUUAUAAUCAUCCCACUAUUAUUAUUAUUGCCUUUCUCCUGCACAGCACAGUCCACGCACAGUCACAGUUUAUCAGGCUUCUCUUGAUCCAAGAUUUCAACAACUUUUACUUUUAUUUUUCAUUUCUUGUUAACCACGUUUAAAUGCCAUUGUGACUAGGUUUUCUCAUUUCGAAUCAGUAAAUCAUGGAACAGUUUAGUGUCGCUGAGACGACGCCGUAUUUGAGUUUGCUGGCUGCAUUGUCAUAUGGAAUUUCUUCAAUGGCUAUGGUUUUCAUCAAUAAGGCAGUUAUCAUGCAGUAUGCACACUCAAUGACACUUCUCACUUUACAGCAAUUGGCCACUACAUUGCUUGUACAUAUUGCCCGACGAACGGGACAUACAAAAGCAAAAGCAAUAGAAAUGACUACCGCAAAAAAGCUUCUCCCUGUUUCUCUUUUCUACAAUGCUAAUGUAGCGUUUGCUCUAGCAAGCUUGAAAGGAGUUAAUAUUCCUAUGUAUAUUGCAAUCAAGAGACUCACACCACUUGCUGUACUGAUUACUGGGUUCUUUUCUGGAAAGGGAAAACCUACAACUCAGGUAGCUCUUUCAGUGCUAUUGACUGCUCUUGGUUGCAUUAUAGCAGCCAUUGGAGAUUUUUCUUUUGACCUUUUUGGAUACAGCAUGGCCCUAACUUCUGUUUUUUUCCAGACCAUGUACCUUGUGUUGGUGGAGAAGUCUGGUGCAGAGGAUGGGCUUUCAUCAAUUGAGAUUAUGUUCUAUAACAGCUUUCUUAGUCUUCCAUUCUUGCUAUUUCUUAUCUUAAUAACGGGAGAAUUUCCUAGUUCUUUGUCAUUAUUAUUUGCAAAGAGUCAUUCAUUUACCUUUUUGGUGAUCCUCACCCUUUCUUUGGUGAUGGGCAUUGUUCUCAACUUUACCAUGUUCUUAUGUACCAUAGUCAACUCUGCUCUGACCACAACCAUUGUUGGGGUCCUAAAAGGUGUUGGUUCCACGACCCUUGGCUUUGUCGUACUGGGUGGUGUGCAAGUGCAUGCUUUGAAUGUGGCUGGUUUGGUUAUCAACACAGCGGGUGGUCUAUGGUAUUCAUAUGCCAAAUAUCAGCAAAAGAAAAACAGACCAGCAAAGCUGAUAUCAGAUGUUGAGGCUCAUCAGAAAUAAAUUUUUACGAGGAUCACAGGUUAGCACAAUGAUCCACAUUAAGUUAUAAGCAAAGAGAUCUUUGAUUACUGAUAUCUUCUUGUAGUUUGUUAAAAGUAUGAUUCAGUUUGAUAGCAAUUUCUUCUCCAAACAUUCAUCAGACAUCUGCUCUUUGAACGCUUGGAUAAAGAGAACUAUUGUUGUCAAUUUUAUUGACCUGGGCAAAGGCAUUGUGUGCCUUACUUCUGUCUUAUGGCAAUUUGGCUGUUGAAUAACUUCUUUUAAUGCAAAACCAAGAGUAUAUCUCAUCUUUGGCUCA